AUGUCUCUCAAUUGUAUUGUGAUCGAACCAGCUGCGUUAACAGAAUUUCGUAAAAAACGUGAUCGUCAUGAUAGUUACUACAGGAUAAACUCGGAUGAAACCUAUCAAUCGUUCUUUCACACACAUACGUGUUAUGACUGUAUGCCGAAGAGUGGCAAAGUCUUAUUGCUCGAUGCUCGUUUAUCGAUUCGCAAAGCUUUCUUUGCACUUGUAUUCAAUGGUGUUCGAGCUGCACUUGUCUGGCAUUCUCCAACGUCUUCCACCAUUGGUCUAAUCACAAUAAGUGAUUUCAUCAAUAUGCUUAUCACAGCGUACGAUGCCAAAUGGAAUAGCGUCGAAGUACUCGAAUCGUCUUCUAUACUUGAAUGGAAACAAAACUUACUGCGAAAAAAUGAUAAUCAAACUGAACUAAACAGUUCGAAUAUAGUUCAACUUUAUCCCGAAGACAGUUUAUCCGCAGCGGUGUUGGCAUUACUUCGACAUAACAUCCAUCGUGUACCCGUAGUCGAUCCGUUUACAAAGAAUUUUCUCUUUUUAGUCACACAUAAACGUAUUUUAAAGUUCUUGUAUUUAUACAUCUAUGAUUUACCUCAACCGCAUUUUAUUCAUCAAACAUUAGAAGAACUGAAAAUCGGUACUUAUGAGAAUCUAGUUAUGAUCGAUCUGCAAACUAAGUUAAUCGACGUUCUACGUACGUUUCAAGCUCUGCGCAUAUCAGCAUUACCUGUUGUUGAUAGUGAAAAGCGAUUACGUGAUGUUUAUUCCAAAUUUGAUAUCAUGCAUUUAGCAGCAACACGCACCUAUGCGAAUCUCGAUGUUCCGUUAUGCGAUAUCCUCGAUUUGAUACACGAUCAUAACACGCAUCAAGUGAUAACUUGUAAAUUGACUGAUCAAUUAUUUGAAUUAAUGGAUAAAUUCGUUACCCGAGAGGUGCAUCGAUUGAUUAUUGUGGAUGAUGAUCUGCAUAUUAUUGGUAUUUUUUCCAUGUCGGAUCUCAUGAGAUUUCUCGUGCCAACAUUUGAAAAUUUAAGUCGUACUAAUUCGAAUACAUCUACAACAAGUAACACCACGGGACCUGUGUUUGAUGAAAAAACAACAACAACAUCAACAACAAUGGGUGACUCAAUGAUAACUUCAUCAAUUGAAUAUGAUUACUUAAUCAAAUUUCUUGCAUUAGGAGAUUCAGGCGUUGGUAAAACAACGUUUCUUUAUCAAUAUACAGAUAGUCAAUUUAAUCCAAAGUUUAUUUCAACUGUUGGAAUUGAUUUUCGUGAAAAACGUGUCGUCUAUCGACCGAAAACUCCACCCAAUGCCAAACCCUAUCGAAUUCAUCUGCAAUUAUGGGACACAGCCGGACAAGAACGAUUUCGAAGUUUAACAACAGCAUUCUUUCGUGAUGCGAUGGGUUUUAUCUUAAUGUUCGAUUUAACAUCUGAACAAUCAUUUCUCAACGUACGUAAUUGGCUUGCUCAAUUACAAUGUCAUGCCUACUGUGAAGAUCCCGAUGUGAUACUUGUUGGCAAUAAAGCUGAUCGUGAAGAUGCACGUGUUAUCUCCCAAACACGGGCGAAGGAACUAGCCGAUAAAUAUUCACUCCAGUACAUUGAAACGAGUGCAUUUACAGCGCAGAAUAUAAAUCAAUAUUUCCUGUACGGCAACCACCCCCGGCACCAACAACGCAAGAAGAGGCAGCAUGUGCCUGUUAAAUUUAUUAUUUCUGCCUUCGACAGUGAAAUCCUUGACUACUGUGAAGCAAUACGAGUCUCAUUACGUAUCUGUUUUCUCUGA